UCGAAAGGUGUAUUGGCGAAGAGUUGGGGAAAACCAAAUGUAUUCAAGAAAGACAGAGAGCCAAUGUUUGGCAACGGUUUGGUUAUGGUUGAAGGCGAUGAUUGGACACGUCAUCGCCACAUGAUUACCCCUGCAUUUUCCCCUCUUAAUCUUAAGGGUAUGGCAAAUAUGAUGGUGGAAUCGACCACCAACAUGUUGGACAGAUGGGCCAUACAGAUAAACUCGGGCAAUCCCGUAUUCGACAUGGAGAAAGAGAUCGUAGUAACAGCGGGUGAGAUAAGUGCUAAAACAAGCUUCGGAGUCACGGGAGAAAACGCAACUCAAUUCCUCAAAAACCUAAGAGCCAUGCAACUUGCUCUCUUCCACUCACAUCGUUACGUAGGCGUACCAUUUAGCGGCAUUUUGGAUUUCAAGCAAACCCUUGAAGCCAAGGGGGUUAGGUAAAGAGAUCGACAGUCUCCUUUUGUCGAUCAUAAAUGAACGAAAGAGAUCUUUGGUCGAAGGAGACGACCACCAUGAUCUUCUCGGAAGUUUGCUCAAGGCCGAGAAAGGGGAGUUUACUGCGACGGAGCUUGUGGACGAAUGCAAAACAUUCUUCUUCGCCGGCGUUGAGACAACAGCUUUAGCGCUAACGUGGACGUUCAUGCUUCUAGCGAUCCAUCCUAAGUGGCAAGACACGCUUAGAGACGAGAUCAGACAAGUCAUCGGUGAUUCCGAGAUUGAGUAUAAAAAACUUGCUGGACUAAAGAAGGUACGUUACCAAACAUAGUAGACGUUUCACGGUUUCUUAGAAAUUUUUUUAU